AAAGAAGGAGAUAAAAGCUCAAAAGGGGACACACCCAUUGAGCUGCUCUCUACUCUGUUUCUUCUUACUUCCUUCUUUCUCUCUUUCAAAAUAUUCCAUUUCUCUUUCUCUUUCUCUUUCUCUUUCUCCAAUUUUUCCUUCACACACUUUUUCUUUUUUCACCCAUUGCCCAUUUCUUUCUUCUUCUGCUUCAAAAUCUUGAAGAAAACAGAAGAAAAAAAGAAAAAUUUUCAACUUACAAACACCCACACUUUGUGAAUCUUCAAUUACAAGAAGAACCCACUUUCAUUUUUGUCUCUCACAAGACACAACAACACACUCUUCCACCAACACAACACUUUAUUCUCUCUAACACCAAACACUAUGAGUAAACAGGAUUUCAUGAACAUUCAGGCUUGUGUUCUUAGAGUUAACAUUCAUUGUGAUGGAUGUAAACAAAAAGUGAGGAAAAUUCUUCAGAAAAUUGAAGGAGUUUACACUGUGAAGAUAGAUUCUGAACAAGGGAAAGUGACAGUAACUGGAAACAUAGAUCCAGGGAAACUGAUAAAGAAGCUUGAGAAAUCUGGGAAACAUGCUGAGUUAUGGGGAAAGCAAAUAAGUUCAAACAAUAUGAACAAUUUCAACAAUUAUAACAAUUUCAACAAUCAGUUUAAGCAGAUGCAGUUUCAGAAUGUCAAAGGAGGAGGAGGAGGAGGAGGAAAAGACAACAAUAUGAACAACCAUAAGUUACAGAUGGAGAAAGCUUAUCUUCAACACCAACAACAACAACAACAACAACAACAAUUGAAGGGGUCCAACAACAUCACUAACAAAGGAGGUAAUAUCAGCAACAACAAUAAUAUGCAUAGUCUUAUGGUUCCUCCUAAAGAUAAGAAAUCUGUUAAGUUCAAUUUGCCUGAGGAAGAAUCUGAUUUUAGUGGUGAUGAGUUUGAUGAUGAUGAGUUUGAUGAUGAGUUUGAUGAUGAUGAUUAUGAUGAUGAAGAUGAUGAAGAUGAUGAUUUUAGCCAUGGACAUGGACAUGGACAUGGGCAUGGGCAUGGGCAUGGCUUACCUAACAAUAUGCUGCCUGGGAUGGGUAAAAAAGGAGGGUCAUUUGGGGCCAAUGAACCCGUGGCAUACACGAAUUUCAAUCCGAUGAAUGGUAAGAAAGGUGGGGAUGGAGGUUAUGCAAAGAAGGGUGAAGUUAUUGACUUUCCUAUUGUGAUGAAGAGUAAGGGAGGAGGUAAUGAAGGUAAAGGCGGCAAGGGAGGAGGGAAGAAAGAUGGUAAUAGUAGCGGUAGUGAUAGCGGGACGAAGAGUAAGAGCAAAGGAGGAGAUCAGAAGAAAGGAGGGAAGAAAGGGGGUGGAUUUCUAGGACUAGGUAAAAAGGGGUUGUUUGGUUUUGGUGGUAAAAAUGGUAGCAAGAAGGACAAUGGUGGGAAGAAGAACAAAGGGAGCAGCAAUAAUAACAAAAGUAGUGAGAAUGGUGGAGGAAAACAUAAUGGCAAUGGAGCCAAAAAAGGAGGCAAAAGCGAUGGCCUCCAUGAGUUUGACAAGAUGGAUCUUGGCUUCCAUGACCUUGAUAUUGCCAAACCAAGCAAAGGAGGAAAAGGAAAUGGAAAUGGAAAUGGAGGUAGUAAUGGUAAUGGUAAUAGUAACGGUAACGGUAAUAGUAACGGCAAUAGUAAGAAUAUAAGCCAGAUGAACCAAAUGGGUCAAAUGGGCCAUGGUAAUGGAAACAGAGGUCCAAUGGGCCAUGCUGGUGUCAGUAGAGGCCCACCAAUGGGAAAUUAUGCAAUGAAUCCGAUGGGUAACAUUCCAGCAGUACAAGGUCUACCAGCUCAACCAAUGAUGAAUGGAGGAGGAGGAGGAUAUUAUCAAGGAAUGGGACAAGGGAAUCCCUACACCCAACAACAACAACAGUAUAUGGCUAUGAUGAUGAACCAACAAAGGGGAGUUGGGAAUGAUAUGUUCCAACCCAUGAUGUAUUCGCGCCCGAACCCAGCCGUGAACUACGCUCCACCACCCCCAAUGUUCCCUCCGGUUGCAACCGAUCAAUACACGCACUUCUUCAGCGAUGAGAAUACAGAUAGUUGCAGUAUAAUGUAAAUUUUUUUUUUGCCCUUAAAUAUCCUUUGUCUUGGUUUAUUUUCUAGGAUUAGUGUUUUUGUGGUAGCUAUAUAGUUUUUAGUUGAAUGUAGAAAAAUGGUUGCAAGGUUUUAUAGUAGUACCAUUGCUUGUGUUACUUAAGAAGCAAAAAAAGAAGUAGAAAAAUGGGAUCAAAACUUUGAUUCUUUUCACUGUUUAGUCCCUCCAAAACUCAUUUAUUAUUUUACUGUUUCUAUUUUCUAUUUUGUAUUUCUCUUUUUUUUUUUUUUUUUUUGCCCUUUUGUCAUUAUAACGACACUUUCAACUUGAAGAAACAUAAUAAAAAUAGAGUCCUUAGAGGGCUCCACAGUACCUUAUCA